AUGUCAUUCCUCUUCCGCCGUCUUGAGAACGACUCUAAUACUUCUUCUCAUUCUCAUCGAAGAGAUCUCCAUCAUAUUAACAAUAUGGCGGCUACCUCUGGAAAGAUUCGUACACCUCAAGAAGCUGUGGCAAGAAUUGCAUACUUGUCCAGCGAUGUGAUCGUUUCUGUACAACCUGCUCAUUCAAUUGAGUCGGAAUUCUCUUCACAUUUACAAAGAUAUGCUGGAAGAAAGGAUUUAAGUCUUGUUGCUGGCAACGAAAGUGGCGUUCCAGAGUUACAAACAGUUCGCCACAACAAUGAUCCCCUAUUAUCAGUAUUUACACCAAUCCGCAAUGGAAAACUUGUCACAGUCACCACAAGCUCCUCAAUUCUCGUCUCCUCAGUACCCCACCUCUACCGACUUGCAAACUUCCCAGUGGUCAUUCACGUCUCAUUACAACCCUCGCAUUACCCAGAUUAUUCCUCGAUAACCUCAAUACGAAAUUCUGGCUUCACAUUUUUACAGUCCGAGACAUUACAGGAGGCACAAGAUAUUGCUGUGACUGCUCAUGCUCUCGCUAUCAAGUCAGGAAAGGGUGUCAUUCAUUUCUUUGAUCCUGGAUCUUCGGACAACGACAAUCACAUUGAUUUCGAGAACCCCGAUGUUGUUUCAAAGAUUCUGAAUAUUGAUUCCGUCAGGGUCUUCCAAAGCAGAAAGAUUGGGGGUUCUAGCAUAUAUGCCGAUGAUGGAAGAAUUGCAACUAUUUCCGAAAACGCUGCGACCGGAGUUACAUCUGGUGGUGAGGACAACACUGAGUCUGCUGUACCAGGUCAGACAACCACCGAGGUACCAUCCAAAGCUUCAUCUGUAGGAUCAUCAAAAUCUUCUUCGGUAAGAGCAAGCAGUGUCGAUAGCAGUGCUUCUUCUGCAACGACAGUCGAUGCGCCAAAUGUACGGGCUGUAACCUCGGAUGACAUCUACAACUUUGUUUCUGGUAUCUGGGAUCAAUUGAAAUUGAUGGCCGGCAGAGAAUACACCCCUUUCAACUACACUGGUCCUCCCAAUGCUGAAAAUGCUUUGUUUAUUUUUGGAUCGGAUGUGGGUUCAUUUGCUCAAACAAUUGAUGAAGGAGGUGAUGAAGUUUUUGCAAAGGCUGGUAUCAUUACUGCGCGAUUAUAUAGGCCAUGGUUAGGCUCUAAAUUGGUUGAGGCUAUCCCUAGAUCCAUCAAGAGAAUUGCUGUUUUAGAGCAAAUCAGAAGAAAGACGACCAAAUGGGGACCUUUACUUUUGGAUUUGCUUACAACACUCAAAUCAGGACCAGGAGGUGGAGUAGACAUUAUCGUUGGACAUCAAUUGGGAUUUCUUGAACCAGAUACGGUACGACAAGCACUACGCGGUGUUGUACAAAAUUUGGUUUCUGAGAAGCCAAUUCAGAAUCUCGAAGUCGGAAACCCAGAUGGACCAAAUGAAUCUUCAAACGGAUAUACUUUAAGUCAACCAAAAGUCGAGUCCGCUUACAUGAAGAUUUUGGAUCAAAUUUUCGGCAAGAGACUUCAUUUGGCCAACCAGAUUGAUUCGAAGAAUGCCGGCAUCUCUUCCACUAUCGCGUCGAACCCAGAAUUUGGCUUCGGUUCUCUUUUGGCCAGAAAGGAGCAUCGCCAAAGAUUUACCGAGGAAAUUAAGGAGGCGGCACAAUCCAAGGAAUUUGUUACCGAAGCACCAAAAUCGUGGUUGUCAAAGUGGUCUGCGGGCGCCCCUGAUGAGUUAGCGGAUGAAAUCAUUGCUCGUCUCGAGACGGAUGGAUCUGCAUUAUCACAGAACCUACUCUCGAAGAAGGGAUUAUUCCGUAAUGAAUCUCCUUGGCUUGUCGGUUCUGAUGCAUGGGCAUACGAUCUUGGAAACUCAGGUGUUCACCACGUCAUUGCAUCUGGCGAGAAUGUGAAUAUGCUCAUCAUCGACUCUACCCCAUACUCAGAACGCUCAGCCGCCGAUGCCGAAAGAAGAAAGAAGGAUAUUGGUCUUUAUGCCAUGAACUUUGGCAACGCUUACGUUGCAUCUGUCGCUGUAUACAGUUCUUAUACUCAAGUUCUACAGGCAAUGAUUGAGGCAGAUCAAUUCAAUGGUCCAUCUGUCGUUGUCGCUUACCUCCCUUACUUCAAAGAAAAUGAUUCUCCUUUGACUGUUCUCCAAGAAACUAAGAAAGCGGUGGAUCUUGGUUACUGGCCAUUGUACAGAUGGAAUCCAGACAACGAAGAGAAGGGAGAGCCUAACUUUUCUUUGGAUUCCGAGCGAAUCAAGAAUGAACUUAAGGACUUCUUGGCUCGUGAUAACCAUCUCACUCAAUUGAUGAAGAAGCAUCCCGAAUUCUCAUCUAACCUUUCCGAAGAUUACGGUACAGAAGUUCGUGCUUUACAAAAGAGAAAGGCUAAGGAUGCAUACAACGAGCUUCUUGAGGGUAUGCUUGGUGCACCUUUGACCGUUCUUUUCGCCUCCGACAAUGGCAAUGCUGAAUCUCUAUCAAAGAGAUUGGGCAAUAGAGGUAAAGCACGUGGCUUGAAGACAAUCGUCAUGGCCAUGGAAGAUUAUCCCAUCGAAGAUCUCCCCACGGAAGAAAACAUUGUCUUCUUGACAAGUACCGCUGGUCAAGGAGAAUUUCCUCAAAAUGGACAUGCAUUUUGGGAAGCCAUCAAGGACAACACCGAUUUGGAUCUCGCAUCGCUCAAUUAUUCUGUAUUUGCUCUUGGUGAUAGUCAUUACUGGCCUCGUAAAGAAGACAAACACUACUACAACAAGCCAGGAAAGGACCUCGAUCGUGUUUUGUUAAACCUGGGUGGAAAGCGUCUUGCUGAUGUUGGAUUGGGUGAUGAUCAAGAUCCAGAUGGAUAUCAAACUGGAUAUCAAAACUGGGAACCUAUCAUUUGGCAAGCUCUCGGAGUUGACAAAAUUGAAGGGCUGCCAGAAGAAGCCCCACCCAUCACCAAUGAGGACAUUAAAAUUGAAUCCAAUUACCUCCGCGGUACCAUUGAAGAAGGAUUGAAGGACAUGUCGACUAUGGCAAUUUCUGCUUCUGAUCAACAAUUAACCAAAUUCCACGGUACAUAUAUGCAAGAUGACCGUGAUCUUCGGGAUGAACGUAAGGCACAGGGUCUUGAACCUGCCUAUUCUUUCAUGAUUCGUUGUCGAUUGGCUGGUGGUGUUGCCACUCCCAAACAAUGGAUUCAAAUGGACGAUGUCAGCAACGAGUUCGGAAACGAAACUAUGAAACUCACCACUCGUCAAACCUUCCAAUUCCACGGUAUCAUAAAGACAAAGCUCAAGGGUGCCAUGCGUGGUAUCAACAAAUCUUUGAUGACCACUAUUGCUGCAUGUGGUGAUGUCAAUCGUAACGUCAUGUGCAGUAGUUUGCCAACGGCUUCGAAAUACCACAAGCAAGUUCAUGCCAUUUCGAAGAAAAUUUCUGAUCAUCUUUUACCAUCCACAACUGCUUAUCAUGAGAUUUGGAUCAAGGAUGAAGACGAUAAGAAGGUUCAAGUGGCUGGUGAAGCUGUUCAAGAUUAUGAGCCUUUGUACGGCCCUACUUACUUGCCAAGAAAGUUUAAGAUCACCAUCGCCAUUCCUCCACACAACGACACUGACGUUUAUGCUCACGACGUCGGCCUUAUCGCUAUUAAAGGUGACGAUGGUAAUUUGGCAGGUUUCAAUCUUCUCGUUGGUGGUGGUAUGGGUGUUACACACAACAAUAAGAAGACAUAUCCUCGAACUGGUAGCUCCUUUGGAUAUGUUUCCAAGGAAGAGGUUCAUAUUGCUUGCGAGAAGGUCAUGCUUGUUCAACGUGAUCACGGUGAUCGUAAGAACCGAAAGCAUGCUCGUCUCAAGUAUACCAUUGACGAUAUGGGUGUCGAUGUUUUCAAGGGCAAGGUUGAGGAAUUGUGGGGUCAACAAUUCCAAAAGGCCAAGCCAUUCAGAUUCCAAAGCAACAUCGAUACUUUCGGAUGGGUUAAAGAUGAGACCGGAUUGAACCACUUCACUCUGUUCAUUGAGAAUGGUCGUAUUGAAGAUACUGCUGACUUCCCAAUGAAGACUGGUCUACGAGAGGUUGCCAAGGUUCACAAAGGUGAAUUCCGAUUAACUGGUAACCAACAUCUAAUCCUUAGCAACGUUGCCGAUGAAGAUCUCCCAGCGAUGAAAGAUAUGUUAGUCAAGUACAAGCUUGAUAAUGUUGCUUUCUCCGGAAUGCGUCUUUCUUCCUCAGCCUGUGUCGCUUUCCCAACCUGUGGUCUCGCCAUGGCCGAAUCCGAACGUUAUCUCCCACAACUCAUCACCAAACUCGAAGGUGUCAUUGAAGAAAAUGGCAUGCGUCAAGAUUCAAUCGUUAUGCGUAUGACAGGAUGUCCUAACGGAUGUGCUAGACCUUGGUUAGCUGAAGUCGCUUUCGUGGGUAAAGCCUAUGGUGCAUAUAACAUGUAUCUUGGAGGUGGAUAUCACGGACAACGUCUCAACAAACUUUACAGAAGCAGUAUCAAGGAAGAUGAGAUCUUGGAUAUCAUGAAACCAUUGUUGAAGAGAUAUUCCUUGGAGAGAGAAGAAGGUGAACAUUUUGGAGACUUCUGUAUUAGGAUUGAAAUGAUCAAGGAGACGACCGAGGGAAAGACUUUCCAUGAUGAUGUCGCAGAGGAAGAAUCUGAAGAAGAAUGA